CCUGUUUCUGACUCAGUGACAUUGCAGGUAAACAAAGUGCGACUUCAAAUUACACACAAGAUAAGAUGUCGAAGCCAUCAAAAUCGGGUCCCCCAAGCGAGAGAAGCGCUCCCGCUUACGAUUAUCGCAACUCCAGCGAAGCCAUGGCCAUGCGAGCUCCACCGCCUACGUAUGAAGAAAGCCAGCAAAACGGCGGUACCGGUACUGGGGCCUAUGAACCUCCACAAGCAGGAGCUGCUCCGCCCAGCCAGAAUCAGUAUUACGGCAUGAUUAGCCACCAGCAACAGCAGAUACCCUUCGGCGGGCAGCCAAACUACGGUAUGCAUCAUGGCACUGGCUUCGGAUUCGCUGGCCCAAGUACGUCGGCUGGAGCAGCUGCCGCACAGGUGCUCCAUUUGGACUCACGCGCCGAGGUGAGGACAAAUUCCAACGGAAAAGUGGUCAUCCCGCCUCCUCCGCCGGGAUGUCUGCCCACACCGGCUCAGUGGGCGGCCAUGCAGGGUCAGCCUGUGGUUCUCAAGCAAAAAAAGCGUUCCUUUUUCUAGACUAUAGAAGGCACACCAUUUACUCGAAUAUAAUCAUGUUGUACCCUUUGAUGUUAUAAAAUAAACGAUGCGAUCCGUUUCGUUUCGUCCUCGCGUA